AUGUAUUUCUGUUUCAACCUUGGCUUGACGCUGUAUAACAAAGGCGUGCUUGUCCGAUUUCCCUUCCCGUACACGCUCACCGCUAUCCAUGCGUUAUGCGGAUCGAUAGGCGGGUACUUUCUCCUGGCAAGGGGGAUGUAUGUCCCUGCGAAGCUAUCGUCGCAAGAUAACGCAGCACUGGUGGCGUUCAGCGUCCUCUACGCCAUGAAUAUCGCAGUUAGCAACGUAUCGUUGCAGCUUGUUACUGUACCCUUCCACCAAGUGGUCCGCGCGUCCACGCCUAUCUUCACAAUCUUCCUUUCAUACCUCUUCUACGGGACGCUGUGCAGUCGAGAGAAGAUGAUUUCGCUUAUACCCGUUAUCGUCGGUGUUGGCUUUGCAACAUACGGCGACUAUUAUUUCACGACCUGGGGUCUGAUCCUAACCCUCUUCGGCACCUUCCUCGCGGCCCUGAAAACGAUCUUCACCAACGUCCUCCAGUCACCUCCCAUCUCGCCACUAUCUCCAUCCACGCCCGCCGCCUCACCACCACCCAAGUUCACGAUGCGGUCUUUCCUCCCACCGCGCUUGCACCUGCACCCGCUCGACCUGCUUACGCGCAUGAGUCCCCUGGCGUUUAUCCAGUGCGUCCUGUAUGCGCAGCUCUCGGGCGAGCUCGACAGGGUGAAGGAGUACAGCGCGCGGGAGAUGACGGGCAUGCGGGCUGCGACGCUGCUUGUGAACGGCGCGAUUGCGUUCGGGUUGAAUAUUGUGAGCUUUACGGCGAACAAGAAGGCGGGGCCGCUGAGCAUGACCGUCGCUGCGAACGUGAAACAGGUGUUGACGAUCGCGCUGGCGAUGUUCAUCUUCCACCUGCCGCCGAGCAUGACGAACACGCUUGGGAUUGUGCUGACGCUCUUGGGCGGGGCGUGGUACGCCGCUACCGGAUACGAGGAGAAGAGGAACCGGGCGCGCGCUGCGGAGAAGUCGUAG